UCACAAUAGACCGGUGCCAGGUGCCUGCAGACCUGUGCUGAAAAUAGCUCACCAUGUCUGCGCGUGCAUGAGUAAGCGCCCACUCGAUCGUAGAGAUAUGAUCGGGCAAUAACUUUGUUUGCGGAUGCCAGUGAGCCGUGCACUGUAGCUUGUGCACGCCAUACCUUCCCAGUCCCAGCCAUGUCCUCCGCAUCUAGCAGUUCUUCAAGUGCAUCAUCCUCCGAUUCUGAGGGCAAACCUCCACAGAAGACGCCACACCUGGCGGACGACGAUUCCGAGGACGAUUCUGGCGACUCAGACAGUGAAAGCAGCAGCAGCGACGAUGAACCCGCCCCCGGGGCCGACGAAGACGACGGCCCCGUCCUCUCCCACAAAGAACAGCGCAAACAAAAGCGGAAAGAGCUCAAGGCCCUCUCCGCCGCCACGCUCUCCGCGAAGCAGCAGGGCAAGCAGCCCGUGAAGAACAGCGCCGAGCUCGCGCCGUCCAAGCUGCCCCGGCGGCAGAACUCCGUGUGGGUGGGGAACAUGACGUUCAAGACGACGCCGGACGCGCUGAGGCGGUUCUUCGAGGGUGUCGGCGAGAUCACGCGGGUGCAUAUGCCGAUGAAGAUGGCGAGCGGGGGGCCCGGGGCGGGCGGGGCGAGGAAGGAGAACCGGGGGUUCGCGUACGUCGAUUUCGCGACGCCGGACGCGAAGACGAUCGCCAUAACCCGCUCAGAGAACCCACUCGACGGGAGACGGCUGCUGAUCAAGGAUGGGGACGACUUCAACGGCAGACCAGCAGCAACCGCCGACGCCGGCGACGCCAGCGGCACGCCCGCCCCCAACCUCUCCGGACACACCAAAACCGCGCAGAAGAUCCUGCGCGCCCAAAAGCAGCCCGCAGGGCCCACGCUCUUCCUGGGCAACCUCGGCUUCGAGACGACGGACCAGUCCAUCCGCCAGCUCUUCGACUCGCAUCGGCCGAAGCCCGCUGCAACCACAGAUCAUGAUGCGGACGCAGACGCAGACGCGGAGGACGCGGACGCGCACAAGAAAGAGGCGGACAAGAAAGAGAAGCCGUGGAUCCGCAAGGUGCGCAUGGGCACGUUCGAGGACAGCGGGAAGUGCAAAGGGUGGGCAUUCGUCGACUUCACGAGCCCCGAGCACGCGACGAGCGCGCUGGUCAACCCGAAGAACCACUUCCUCGACGGGCGGAAGCUCGUCGUGGAGUACGCCUCGCCGGACGCGGUCCGUCGCGGCGGGAACAUCCCGCGCUCCAAGGAUAUCAAGGACAAGAGAGCCGCGACGGGGAGGGAGCGCCAGCCGAAGACGGACCGCGCGCCCUACCACCAGAAGGACGAGGCCUCGAGCCCGCAUCGGAAACGCAAGGACAGGGGAGAAGAUGCGGACGUGGCUGCCGAGCCUGCUGCUGCUGACGGCGAGGACGCAUCGCCCAAGCGGCGGAGGGUGGAGGAUGGCGCGCGGGUGCCCGCUGAGAGGGGCACCGCAGGAAAGGGCGGGAAGCCCCCGCGGGCGAGGCCAAAGCCUGGGGCGGCUCUCGCCCUGGCGAAAAGAGAGACAGCAGCGAUUGUGCCUUCGCAAGGGCGCAAGAUCGUCUUCUAGUUGUAUGGCGUUAGCUGCUCCAUCGUGGCGCUUGAACAAACAUACAACACAUUGCAUUGCCCGCAUUAUGUACUACGGUAUUACUGACAUAUACGGGUAAUCGAGUACAUGCAUGAGGCGGCUUCCGCAUUAACUUUGCUGAUGCC